GUCACGUCUUCCUGGUGCAGAGAGCAGAAAUCAUCAGUGGGAUUUGACGAUCCAGACACUCAAAGAAGACCAAUUUAAUCAGCACCAACUGAUUCAAAAAGAGCAAACAACACUACAGGAAAAGGACACAUUUCCGAAGAUUUGUUUCGAGAGGAUUCUGGCUCGCGGCAGCAGAGAGAGCGUUGUUGCUUGUGAAGCCAGCUCGCUGACAGUCCUUCGUUCCUAUCGCUGGGUCGUGUGCAUGUUGUUGUGAUUCGCCCCUUGCCUUGGCAAACAACCGAACAGAAAUAUGACACAACAACAUAGCCGCAAACAACCUUUGUCCGUGGCAUUCAUCGCGCUUUUAGCGGUCACGUUGCAUCAGAGCUUUGCUGCCACUGAUGCCCCGCCCACGGCUGCUGCCCCUCAAACCACGUCUCCGCCUCCUGCACCCCCGGCCCUGCCCGAGAGGGGCAACUACACUGUAACCAACGGCAAUGGGACCGCCUGUCUGAUGGCCCUCAUGGGACUGCAGCUCAACGUCAGCUUCAGCUCUGCCGCUUUCAAUAAGACUGUGCUGGACGUGGUGAACCUGCAGCCCAACAUGACUAAGAGCUCAGGGUCAUGUGACUCGGACAGCGCCACCCUGCUGCUGAAGGCUGACGAGGAGAGAAUCAACCUCACCCUCAUCUUCUCCCUGAAUGCCACGUCCAGUAAGUACCACCUCAGUGGAGUGACCCUGUCGGCAGCCUGGCCGGACAUGAGUGAGCCCUUCUCAGCCAGUAACAGUAGUCUGGACUACCUGCGUGGUACCCUGGGGCGGAGCUACAUGUGUCGUGAGGAGCAGACUCUGGCUGUGACUGUGAACUUCUCUCUCAACACCUUCCAGCUGCAGGUGCAGCCCUUUGGCCUCACCGGGUACCAGUUUGGAGCAGCGGAGGAGUGUCAGCUGGAUGAGGAUGACAUGUUGAUCCCCAUCAUCGUGGGCGCUGCGCUGGCCGGACUUGUCCUCGUCGUCCUCGUGGCCUACCUCAUCGGCAGGAAGAGGAGCCACGCCGGCUACCAGACCAUCUAAGAUCACUUCCUGUCGACUGACCCCCACCACCAAGAGCCAGAGAGCGCUACCCCACCACCUCACCCCCCAGCUACUAACAAUCACCUGGAUUGACUGAACCUCACUGCGACCCCUAAACUGAACUUCCUAACCCCUAUUCAGUUGGUCUCAUCCUAGAACCCUCCCCUCCCCAUCUUCCCCUCCGAACUCACUCACUAGCCCCACGUUGGGUAUCCAUGGGGUUGAUAUGCGCUUUCAGGACUGAACUGCUCCUUUGUAUGAAAAAAAUAAAGGGAAUCUGCUGAGAGAUUGUAUUUACAUAACGAAACACUCGACAGUAGAGCUCUUCACGGAUCCAUCUGUACCCGAGACCCGAACCAGAAUUCUAAAUAGUGUCACGGAUCUGAACUGAUAACCACAGGUAGGCCUCUAUGUAAUUUUAACUUCCUUGUCCGGAAGAGCCCGUACAUAUCCGAAUGCGAUUGCUACGGUAGAGAAAUUGAAUUUAUGCUGCUGCUCUUACAUUUCACGAGAGUGGAGCUUGUUGGCCAAUCAUAAGUUAUCAAAGCCGCAAUAGGCUAGUCAUAGAGCCUCCGUGUGUGGCAAAGUUAGGAGAUAUCUAAUUAAUGGAACUAAAAGUUAAACGAGAAGGAUAGGCUACAACGACCAUAUUCUGAAUGGAGUUGAGGAUGAGAAUGCAGCCUCAAUUAGCCUAGCUCGCUAACGUUAGCUAGCUUAACUAGCUUCUCCCGGUACUACAUAAUAAUAUGAUGAUAAAUAACUUUGCUAUGGCAGCUAUUAAUCUACUAUAGCGCGAGUCGGCUUGGUUGCUGUCUCAUCUCUCCCUCCCUCCUCCCCGUGUCACUCGCUCACAGUAUGGCCCCUCCCCCACCUGCUGGAGCGGCACCUCUCUCUCCCUCUCGCGCUUUAUCAGCUCCAGUUAAAAGUAUCAGCUCCAGUUAAUAAAGUAGCUCUAAAAAUUUUUUAAAAAAUGUUGCUUCCCUCAUUCAGAUUAUACCAGGUCUGGAUCUGAACAGGUCUAUACGGAACGGGUCUAUCUAUGUCCGGGUCCGUUCGGAAUGGGUCUCUGACUAUAUUUAAAAAGAAAAUAUUUAUACAUAUCGGGUUCGAGUGGGAAAGCCCCAGGUCCAUUUCAGAAUUGGUCCAACUUUUUGGACCCGUGAAGACCUCUACUUGAGAGACAACAUUGCUGGGGGGGCUCAUAACCAUAUGCUGAAUAAUAAUCCACACUAUUUGUAGCCUAGGGUCUCAUAUCAUGCUUAAAUUUGACUGGUGUCUGACAAAGGAAUUCUGAGGGAUUGUUUGUGUACAAGCAUUGCUGCUGCUGUUUAAUUUGUUCUCGGUUUUGGUUGGUGGCCAUUGUCAGUCACAUAAUAGGAGGCUGUUGUUACUCCUGUGUAAAGGGAAUAUUAUGACUGUCGCUGGCUGCUACAACCAAUCCCCUCCUCUCAACCAACGGAAGUUAGGACUUGUUGCAUAAGGUUUUCAACAUCUUUGAACUUAAUGAAGUUGUAACUCUGAAUAUAAUAUGGAGUUGAUGGAAGUCGCCCCUAACCGAAGCUCCAGGGUCAGAUAUUUUUGCAUCCUACUAUGAUUUGGGGCUGGGUAAUCUGAUCCUAGAUCUGUGGUUAGGGGCUAAGCUAGGUACCAGCUGCAGUUUGAGAAUGGUAGUGUUCCUUAAUCCAUCUCUUAGGGGUGGCCUAUGUGGAUGUUUUUGUGCACCUUCUUGGGUUCCUCUUGGACUGACUUGAGGAACCAGGGUAAAGGUAAUUUGAUGGUGAAGCAGUUGGUCUGCAUACCACCGCUUAUAGUUCCAUUAUUAAACGGCACUGCAUGGUCAAACCGACGUCUGCAUUGGCCGUGCAGCAUUAACGGCGAUACAGCCUCUGCAGAGGUCAGGGCAUUCAUACGUUUUGUGCUUCAUGGAGCAAAGCAGAGCUGUUGUCAAGGAAGUGAGUUUGUUUAUACAGGACCUCCUGCCCUCACCUACAGUCAACCAAUCAUGUCAAUGCAGAGCUAUACGGAGCCCUCCACAUUGUUACAACAUUUGAGAGGCACGGUCAUGCAGUACGGCGCUUGAUUUGGCAUCUGCACACCCUCCAUACGAAGCCUCCGAUCACAUUUCCGGACCAAGCAUAAAUUGGCUUUAAGACGGGGUGAUUUUUGUUGCUCUGACGGUACAUCCAGUGAUACACUAAGGGGAGUGGUUGUUACAGUAGAAUUACAUGGUGCUUACAAAUGGCUGAACUCAAACUGCACCUGUGUAACUUGGGACACUUGUGAAUAGUCACGUUAUUAGGUGGUUUUCUCAAGUUAGGAUUCAGGAUAUUAUAGUUAUUGUCCUGAGGGAGUUGGAGUUACUGUCAAUAGAACAGCACCGUUUUAGGGAGGACAUAAUUUCUCCACCACAAAAUAAAUGUUAAAUGCCAAAUGGAAUCUGUGCCUCACCACUUACAAGAAAGAUGGGAUCUAUGCUAAUGUUCCAGUUACUCACACUCUAAUAUGUCUCAAAUGACACCCUAUUCUAUUCCCCAUGUAAUACACAGUUGGUUGUCAUUUGGGACAUAACCUUUUUGUCUCUACACAGCGUUACCUUGUUAGGGACGUUUUCUUGUUUCUUAGAUUUGCCUGGCCUGUUGAACGAACAGAGGAUGCAUUAUUUGGAGUGAAAGGGGGAAGUAAAAAAAAAAAAGAACGUGCUUUUUUUUGUUCCACCCCUCAUCUAGAAGUGUUAACAUCCAUAGGUAGUGAUUUAAUAAGGUUUUAAGAAUGUUUGUUUUUUUAAGUGUAGAGGUCAAUAAAAAAAUAAGCUGAAGGAAUGA